GAUUUGGACGCCCCGGCCUGGGAGGUGUGCCAGAUCGAGCUCUCCCACCAGUUUCUUCUCCGCUAGCCCCCAGCUGGAGCUCUGGGACCAACCAGGCAUCAUGGCACAGAAGGGCCAACUCAGUGACGAUGAGAAGUUCCUCUUUGUGGACAAAAACAUCAUCAACAGCCCAGUGGCCCAGGCGGACUGGGCUGCCAAGAGGCUGGUCUGGGUCCCCUCAGAGAAGCAGGGCUUCGAGGCCGCCAGCAUCAAGGAGGAGAAGGGGGAUGAGGUGGUCGUGGAGCUGGUGGAGAAUGGCAAGAAGGUCACAGUCGGCAAAGAUGACAUCCAGAAGAUGAACCCGCCCAAGUUCUCCAAGGUGGAGGACAUGGCGGAGCUGACAUGCCUCAAUGAAGCCUCCGUGCUACACAACCUGAGGGAGAGGUACUUCUCAGGGCUCAUAUAUACGUACUCGGGCCUCUUCUGCGUGGUCGUCAACCCCUACAAGCACCUGCCCAUCUACUCGGAGAAGAUCGUCGACAUGUACAAGGGCAAGAAGAGGCACGAGAUGCCGCCUCACAUCUACGCCAUCGCCGACACGGCGUACCGGAGCAUGCUGCAAGACCGAGAGGACCAGUCCAUUCUGUGCACAGGCGAGUCUGGAGCCGGGAAAACAGAAAACACCAAGAAAGUCAUCCAGUACCUGGCCGUGGUGGCCUCGUCCCACAAGGGCAAGAAGGACACGAGCAUCACGCAAGGCCCAUCUCUUGCCUACGGAGAGCUGGAAAAACAGCUACUACAAGCAAAUCCGAUUCUGGAGGCUUUUGGCAACGCCAAAACUGUCAAGAACGACAACUCCUCACGAUUCGGCAAAUUCAUCCGCAUCAACUUCGACGUCACCGGUUACAUCGUGGGAGCCAACAUCGAGACGUGUAUCCUUUGA